AAUACCCUAUAAUAUGAAUCGUUGUUUUUAAAUGAACAGCCCUAAUAUUUUGAACUAGAACGAUCAUGAUGAGUAAUAGGAACAAGAUGCUGAACCCUAGUCUCCCUCAGGAAUUGAUAGAGGAAAUUCUGGUGAGGUUGCCGGUGAGAUCUCUUUUGCGCUUCAAACGUGUUUGCAAGUCAUGGCUCUCUCUUAUCUCCGAUUCCAAAUUUACAAAAUACCAUUACGAUCUUGCUGCUGAACCCACCCAUCGAUAUCUCUCAACUUAUGACUCCAAGGUGCGAUCCAUAGACAUAGAAGCAUCACUCGGUGAUCAUUCUUCAGUAUCAACUCACGUUCUUCCGCACCCGUUUCAUGAUUCGUUUUAUAAUAGGAUUCCAAUUUUUGGUUCUUGCAGAGGCUUUUUACUUGUACGCUACGAAUAUCGUUAUCUCCUUGUGUGGAAUCCGUCAACGGGUGUUCGCAAACUAAUAUCCUACCCACAUGCUAAGUUCAAGUAUGAUUCCCUAUACGGAUUUUGGUACGAUGCAUCAACUGAUGACUAUCUGGUUCUUCUUAUGGUAGCGCCUGAGUUUCGACCAGAUUUGGCUGAUUGGAGAACAGAUAUUGUGAUUUUCUCAUUGAAAACCAAUUCAUGGGACGAAAUUGAGGAUUUCAAAUUCCCAUAUCAGACCUCCCAUCCUAGAACUGAAGCUGGGCUACUUUUAAAUGGAGCUCUUCAUUGGUUGGUUUAUUCUCGUGUUACAUAUAAUUUUGUCAUCAUUGCUUUUGAUCUGAUACAAAGGAGUGUACUAGAGAUUCCUUUACCAUAUAUUAAUAUACAAUCAGCAUUUCAAUAUAGAAUAUUUUAUUUGAGGGUUAUGGGAGAUUGUCUUUGUCUGUGUAAUCCUGGUAGUAGUAAUCGUGCAGUGGCUGAGAUAUGGAUGAUGAAGGAGUAUAAAGUGGACUCAUCUUGGACUAAGUCAUUUGUUCUGCCCACUAAUGAUAUUCCUCUUGACUCCUUUCUUCCAAUAUGCUUCACCAAAUCUGAAGGACUAUUUGGAUCAAAUUGCAAUGGAAGAUUAGUGAAAUUUAACAGCGAAGGUGUUUUAAGUGAACAUUGCACAUGGAGGGAAAAUUCGAUUUUCAGAGAGAGUUUACUACAGUCAGCUAUUUAUAGAGAAAGCCUACUCUCCCUCCCUGGUGAAUUUGGAGAAUUAAGUGAACAUGGCCAACAAGAAAGACAAGAUGUCUCUCCGGUUUGCGUUUGGCUUGGCCGUGCUGCUGGUGUCUCAUAUUAUGUUCAAUAUUAUGGUUCUAUAUAUCUCCAGAAAUGCUAAUUAUUACGAAUCUACUCCAACCGAAAUUGCCGAACAACGUGUGAAUAUAUACUUAACUUUUUCUCUCUCCUGAUAACCAACCAACCAUGUGAAUCACUUCAGACAACAUUGCAGAGAGGGUAGGAACUAGGAAGAGUAUGCGAUUGGUAUGGAUGGCAGUUGGUGCUCUUGCAUUUGGUCGGUAUGGCGUGCUAGAAGAAAUGAGGUAGUGUUUAAUUCUGCAGUUUUUGAUGUUGAAAUAAUUCUGGGUUCAAUUAAGUUCCUCCCAUGGAAGUGGCUUAGAUGCAAGGCAAAUGGAUUUUAUACAGCCCAAUUUGUGUCUUGAAGGAUUAGUGUUAUAAUGACACCAUAAGGGAACGAGAAAGCAGAGUCUGAAAGGGCUGUUGGAUUAGUGCUAUUCCAAAGAAGAAUUGUGUUAAUUUUAGAUGGGAGAUAUCUUGUGCAAAUGUUCACAUCAAGUCAGGUGAUCACCCUAUCCUACCAGUCAAGUCAUAUGUUGGAUGCAUACCCAACGUGAUCAAUUCAGCAAAGUCCAUUGUCAUUCACUUAGGAAUCUAAAUCAUGAUUCUACUUGGUCUUGGAGUAGUUGCUCCACUCAAACAUUAGAAGUGCAUUUCAUUUCUCAAGUUACCUAUCAUCAUUUCCUCAUCAAUUGUUCACCAAAUUGAGGAGUCUGCUGUGGAAUACGUACCAAAGGACACUUCUAAUGAUCAAUCUAGAGUCCUUAAUUCCAUUACUGUAGCUACUAAACCUCCUACCGACCUAAGCCCCGCUCAUAACUUCGUCGGGGAAUGGAGAAUCGGUUUGCAAAUCUUGAGAUGAAGAUGGAUCUUCUGAUCAAACAUCUCUUUAAAUGACUUUUCAUACUUCAACUAUGUCUGUUAUAUCUACCAUAUUUGAACUUAUGUGGCUAUAACGUUUACUACUCUUUUGCCAUUGUAAAUUAUACUUUGUCAUCUCAUCUCUCCAAAAAAAUUGAUAAAUAUGACAAGUAUGGAAGUCUUCAGUUGAUUGUAUUGUAAGUUAGAAAUGAUUUCCAAAUUUAUAUUGAGAAAUCAUAUUUUGUACAAGAGGAAACAAACAAUAG